GCCAAGGCAAGGGUUCUGCGAAGUGCUCUUCUGCCCAAGAUGGUGGUUUCAGCGGAUACCUUUCGCACAGUUGUUGGGAUCAUAGGAAAUGGAACCGCUCUGGUGCUGUUCUUGUCGCCAGCCCCAACGUUUCACAGGAUAUGGAGAAGUGGGAGCGUGGAGCAGUUCCACGCCACCCCCUACCUCGCCACCCUCCUCAACUGCUUGUUUUGGAUACUGUACGGCCUGCCCAUGGUGCACCCACACAGCACCUUAAUCCUCACCAUCAACGGCUCCGGCCUCGUCAUCGAGCUCGUCUACGUCCUCAUCUUCCUGCGGUGCUCCGACGGAGCCCGGAAGCUGCGCGUGUUCUCGGUGCUGCUGGCGGAGAUCCUUCUCGUGGGUGCAGUGGCUGCCGUCGACCUUACGCUCGUCCACGGAUACCAGCGGCGCUCGUUGAUCGUUGGAGUGCUGUGUGUCGUUUUUGGGACCGUGAUGUACGCUGCGCCCUUGUCCGUCAUGCAACAGGUGAUCAAGACGAAGAGCGUGGAGUUCAUGCCUCUCUCCCUGUCGCUUGCUUCCUUCCUCAAUGGUGUGUGUUGGACUACAUACGCUCUCAUCCGUUUCGACCUCUUUAUCACUAUUCCAAAUGGCCUGGGAGUGGCAUUUGCAGUGGCCCAGCUGGUACUGCACAUGAUGUACCAUGCAUCGACUAAACAGCAGAUCAAAGAACGGAAGAUGAAGAUAGAGAUGGGACUGGCGAAGCCAAAUGGGAGCCUCAAAGAGGACCUGGAAGCCGGGAGCAGAAAUGGAAGUUAGAGAAUUAGACCAAUGAAAACCAUUAGAUUAUGACGAAUAAAGCACGAGCAGACACUACAAGUAUUAUGAGAGGAGGUCUGGUGUUAUUUUCCAGUGAUUUUUCCACGUCAUAAACUGUGGCCGUGAAGCUCUACAGUGUUUGGUCAAGUCUGAGAAUUAGUGCUUUACUACUGUAUUCUAUGCUUUAUAGUGUUUUGCUGAAAGACACGAGUGUUGAAAAAUAUUCAUCUAA